UCCGCCCCUACCUGGCCGUGACGCCGGCACAAUGGCGGCUUCCGUGCCCCCGCCGCGGCCCGUCACCCACCUGCUCUUUGACAUGGACGGCCUCCUUCUUGAUACCGAACGGCUGUAUUCGGUGGUGUUCCAAGAAAUAUGUGAUCGCUACGGAAAGAAAUACAGUUGGGACGUCAAGUCCCUUGUUAUGGGGAAGAAGGCAUCAGAGGCGGCACAGAUCAUAAUAGACGUCCUGCAGCUCCCGAUGACCAGAGAGGAGCUGCUGGAGGAAAGCCAGACGAAGUUGAAAGAGGUGUUCUCCACGGCCGCCCUGAUGCCAGGGGUGGAGAGACUGAUUCGCCAUCUGCGCCGGCACGGCGUGCCCCUGGCCGUGGCCACCAGCUCCAGCCGCGCAUCGUUUGACAUGAAGACCGGCAGACACCAGGCCUUCUUCGGCUUGUUUGACCACAUCGUGUUGGGGGAUGACCCCGAAGUGAGCAACGGGAAGCCACAUCCCGACAUAUUUCUAGUCUGUGCCAAGAGGUUUUCCCCUGCUCCGCCCACCCACCAGCCGACGUUUCACAGCUGGACUGCACAAAGCUCCCAAAUUCUCGGAGGACACAGGGCAUAGUUUAAAAACACGAGGCCGCUGGACAUUUCGGUGCCCAUCCCUGACCCCACGUAAAGCAGUCGAGGACAUUUAGAAUGCAGUGAGGUCGUAACUGUAAAAAGGCAGGGACGGAACUGUCACCAGCAAGAAGUCUGAGGCAGAGAGCUAAAAAGACAAGCCUGCCCGUUGUCAGCCCACUCUGCCUCCCGUCUGAUGGAGACCGUUGACUCAACGGCAGAAGCAGGGAACUUGAAGAAAAGCCGGAGGCCUUGUUAAGUUCUCGGAAGGAAGGCAGAGGAGCUAAGUGUCCUGUUUGUCCAGUGUGUCUGGUUUCUACUGCUCAAAGCCCCGUCUCUGGGGUAUACCAGCUUAGUCCCUGAAGGUGGCCCCCUGCUGAAGCCGGGGGGUCAUUCUGAUGCCCAGGAGCUCAUUCAGCCCUGGCUUCUGCCCCUGGGGGAGGGGGCCGAGGAGAUCUCGGCCCAGCUGGAAAGGAAGGAGGGGGGGUGGAAAAGUAUACUUGCUACGGAACACUGCAACAGGAAAGACUGUAGGAGUGUGUGUGUGUGUGUGUGUGUGUGUGUGUGUGCGCGCGCGCGCGCGUGCACGCAUGAGUGUUGGUGAGCGUGCAUGUGUAUCUGUGGGUUUCUCUGUGUGCAAGUAUUUGCGUGCGCACGUGUGUGUUUGCGAGUUUGAGUGUGCAUGCAUGCAUGCAUCUCUGUGAGCGUGGGUUUGCAUAUCUGAGUGCUGUGACGGUGUACAUGAGUGUGCAUAUAUAGGUCUCUGCGAGUUUCUGUGAGCAUAUGAAUGUGUACAUGUGUGUCAGUGAGGGAGUGUGGGCGUGUGUUUUCCAGCGACCUACAGGCAUGAGAGGAUGCAGAACUCGUAGUUCAUGGCACUGACGCUGAUGUCCGGGAGCCCCCGGGUCACCAGCGCAGUGAGCUGCGACUGCCCGCUGGGGACAAGGUUCUCGUGAUGAAGGCAGGACAACACGGGCCGGGUGGGUGGAUAGGUGUGACCUUGGCACGUGCUGGCACUUGUGAGUCAGCAAAGGACACAGCGGGGACACGGGGAGAGCAUCUCACAGCUGUGCCCAGAGCCCUGUCUCCAGAAGUCUGGCCCCUGCAAGAAUAGAACGUUACCAAGAGAGAAUUCAUGAAGCUGUUUCCAGGUCCCCAGGGAACUUUCUGGAUGCGUGUCUCCCCUGUGCAGACAGUGAUGUAGGAUGACUGGCCGAUCGACCGUUGCAUGGAUGUGAGACCUCGCGUUUGGAGAGACUCCUGAUGGGAGCCAUCCCGUGGUGCUGGUCACAUGACGGGAUGUCUGGGAGCUGCCUGAUAAGCACUGUGCACGGACACCCAAUUUUAAAUGUAGGCAUCUUGGGGC